AUGGCUGACCCAAAUCCAAAUUCUCCAAAUUCUCUUACUAACGUGCGACAAAUAUUAUUAGACCAAUCCACACCAACUGUAGCCUCCCUUGACUUUCACCCUCCUCCCCCAACACACCAACCCUUUCCUCCUCAGCCUCCUCCUCCGCACACCCCAUAUUCUCUUCUCUCUCUUCAACACCAUAAGUGUGAACUUACUGAAACACCCUCUCCCUCCACAAGAGCACUAGAGGUUGACACAGUACCAAAGCCCACCACCAUGGCCUCAACCUCUUCCGGGAAGCACCCCACGUACCGUGGCAUCCGGUGCCGCGGCGGGAAAUGGGUUUCUGAAAUCCGGGAGCCACGCAAGACCAAGAGAAUAUGGCUUGGCACUUUCCCAACCGCGGAGAUGGCUGCGGCCGCCUAUGAUGUGGCCGCACUCGCUCUGAAAGGUGCCGAUGUUGUUCUCAACUUUCCCGGUUUCAUUGGAUCGUAUCCAGUGCCAGCAUCCACUUCGGCACAAGAUAUUUGUAGUGCCGCAGCUGCUGCAGCGGCGACACUACGAAAGAAUGGUGACUCCAGAGAGAGCCCGGGACAGAGGCAGAAGGAUGAUAAGGACGAUGUGACGGUGAGUAAUAGUAUAAAUUUGGCGUCGUCUUCUGUGGGAGACUUCGUGGACGAGGAAGAGAUUUUCGGGAUGCCGAAUUUACUGAUGGACAUGGCAGAGGGAAUGCUGGUGUCUCCACCGCGGAUGAACGACUCGCCGCCUUCAGAUUAUGACGACUCGCCGGGAAACUCAGACGGUGGAGAAAGUCUCCUUUGGAGCUAUUAA